UCGUCGAGGUUAAUUAUUACGGAGUGUUCUGGAAGAGCCCAUUGCCUUAGUACUCCAACACUAUUCGUAGCAAGCUUCUCCAGGUCAGUGCUCUCUAAGUGUAAGCAGCUGCCUGCAGAAGCAGCACGGGGAAGAUGCUGCCAUCCACAGCUAAGGGAGCUCAUGGAAUUCGGGAGCAACCACAUAGGGAGGUGGAGGCAGCCAACUCCCCCAUCGUCGUCCGUCAGGUGCUCAUGCUGACGAGCCUGGGGAUCGAGCCCCAGUUCCUCACCUUCAACCAUGUCACCAUGGAGUCGGAGAAGUGCAUCUGCGUCCGCGAGACCUCACCGCACAACAGAAUCCUCAUCAUCGACAUGGUCACGCGCAUACCGCAGCCCCUCCGCCUGCCCAUCGCCGCUGACUCCGCUCUCAUCAACCCCGACACCAGUAUCGUCGCGCUCAAAGCCCGAUUACCUGGAACAGUACAUGAUCACCUGCAAAUCUUCAAUAUUGAAGCUAAAACAAGAAUGAAGAGGAAAAAUAUGUGUGAGGAGGUUGUGUUCUGGAAAUGGAUCACCCCAAAGUUGUUGGGAUUGGUAACGCAAGUAUCAGUUUAUCACUGGUCUAUUGAAGGUUACUCCUUUGACAAAUCACAAUGUUCGCUCUUUAAGUACUAUGUCCAGCUUUGCAUGAUUUGGCUGCUAUGUACACAAAACCAAGCUAAUUUGGCCAACACUCGGAUUAUCAACUACCGUUGUGAUCUGGCAGAGAAAUGGCUUGUGCUUAUUGGAUUGGCAUCUGAUGUUCCAGAGAAGCCGCACUUGGUGAAGGGAGAUGCACAACUUUUUUCUGUAGAUCAGCAGUGUAGCCAGGCACUUAGAGCCCAUGCAGCAUGCUUUGCAACAUUUAAGGUUCCUGGCAAUGAGAACCUAUCAACCUUCAUCUGUUACGUCUCAAAGGCAACUAAUGCUGGACAUACUUUUGAGUUGCAUGUUGUUGAAUUGGGUGCACGGACAGAGGAACCUGGCUUUUCCAAGAAGCAAGUCGGUAUCUUCUUCACACCACGUCUCCUGAUUGAUGCUUCUCUAGCCAUGGAGUUCUCUCAGAAGUAUGGCCUUAUCUCUGUAAUUACAAAGCUUGGCGUUUUGUUCAUAUAUGACUUGGAAACUGCAACACAGGUUUAUAGAGAUAGAAUCACUUCAGAUCCUAUAUUGUUGACGGCAGAGUCUUCUACAACCGGUGGAUUUUAUGCCAUCAACACGAGAGGACAAGUUUUACAUGCCACAAUUAAUGAUGCAACCAUUGUGCCUUUUGUGAGAAUUCAAUGCAUGCAGUUGAACAACUAUAAGCUAGCCGCAAAUCUCGCCAAAAGAGCUAAUCUUCCUGUGGCAAAGGACUUGGUUGUGCAAAUAUUCCAGGAACUGUUCUCCCAAACAGAAUACAAGGAAGCAGCAGAACUGGCUGUAGAAUUCCCUCAGGGUCAUCUACGUACUCCCGAGACCAUUGCAAAAUUCAAGAUUGCUCCUCUUCAACUUGGGCAAGCAUCUCCACUCCUGCAGUACUUCGACACAUUGCUAACUAAAUCGAAGCUCGAUGCUUACGAGUCUCUUGAGUUAUCUCGACUUGCUAUUAAUCAGAACGGGAGGAACCUUCUGGAGGGUUGGUUGGCAGAUGAAAAGUUAGAGUGCAGUGAAGAGCUAGGUAAUUUUGUUAAGAGAGUAGACAAUGAUCUUGCACUGAAGAUAUACACAAAGGCUAGGGAAAACCCCAUAGUCGUGGCCGCUUUUAGUGAAGGGUCUAUCUUGUCUAGCAACAUCACCCCCGGGCCUUCUUCAGAAAUCGCAGACCUAGCAAGUGAAAUUGAAGCCCUUGAGCGCAUAUUGAGUGAUGCAAGUGCACAGCCAACAAGGCUGUCUUAUGCACUUCUAAGGUCUGUUACAAAUAAUUUCUCUAAAGUUAUUGGGCAUGGUGGAUUUGCAGUAGUUUACCAGGGAGUUCUUCAAAACGGGAAGAUUGCUGUUAAAAAGCUUUCCAUAUCAGAUGGUUUUUCUGAUGAGCUAUUUGUGGACGAGAUUGAGUGUUUAACAAAGGCAAAGCACAAUAAUGUAGUAAGGUAUCUAGGCUAUUGUGCAGAUACACAAGGGGAAUUGAUGGAAUUCAAUGGAAGGUGUGUGAUAGCAGAGGUACCAAAAAGGUUGCUCUGCUUUGAGUAUGUCCCCAAUGGAAGCCUUCACCGUUAUCUUAAAGGAAAACCUUGUGGAGAUGAAUGGCAAGUACGUUAUAAAAUAAUUAAGGGAAUCUGUCAGGGUUUGCAGUAUCUUCACAAAAUCCGCAUUAAUCAUUUGGAUCUCAAGCCUGGUAAUAUUCUGUUGGAUGUUGGCAUGGAACCAAAAAUUGCAGACUUUGGUUUGUCAAGAUGCUUUGAUGAAGAACAGUCCAGAGUUUUCACUAAACACGUUUAUGGAACACCGGGAUAUAUUGCACCAGAAAUUAUAAACAGUGGAGAAAUAUCAUUCAAGUCAGAUAUAUUCGCUUUCGGCAUUAUAAUGAUAAAGCUAUUAACGGGGCACAACGACUAUGAUAUUGAACGUUGGCAUAAAUCAUUAAAUAGGGACUGCCCACAAGUGAAAAGAUGCAUUGAAAUAGCCCAAGCAUGUGUGGACGAUGACCAGCAUAAAAGACCUGCCAUAAGCGAGAUAAUUCAUAAACUGGAUGAGCUGGAGACCACUGUCGACUCUCCAGCUAUCAAUUAAUUGAGAAUGGACAUGGUUCUUCUAUAUACCAGAGAAGUUAUCCGGCUACCUAGAGAAGGCUGGUUUCUUACUAGUGAGCAGAUCUGCAGAAUGGGGAGUGCAAGCAAAGAGGCAGGGUUGCAACUUGCAGGGAACAGAGCAGAUUCAGACCUUGGUGCAGCGGUCAUGCGGAUUGUGGCUCCGAGCUGAUCCGGACAUUUCAGGCAUUGGUGCUGUUAAUUUGCGUGUUUCACGGUCCGUAUGGUCGUGAUGCGAUCCAUUAGAUCGCUUCGACUGGGAAAAGAACCGACUGGUGUACCUGGUACCUAAAAAAUUUCAAACAUUCUUCAGUUUUCGAGUGAAAAUGGGACAUUGCUCCUCCUCCUAUAAAAGAAGAAGAAUUCGAAUAGUUGAUGGCUCGAGGUUGUCUAUGAUCACCGCUGGGACAGUGAUGAAGUUGAUCGAAUUUCUGUGCUAAUAUAGCCAGAGCUCAGAGGAUCGUUGAUGAUUGACGAUGUAACUCCAGUUGAAACAAAACGUGUUGAUCAACUCAGUGGAAAGAGAGGAACCGCUGUAUCCUUCCUUGUUCAUGCUAGUCUAUUGGGAAAAGAAUGAAUGUAAUCAGGAAGGGGCAAAAUGGCUCCAGGGAACACAUGGUUCUGGAAUGAACUAAAAAAAUGUCGGUUUUGAUUAAAAAAAAGUUAGACAUGAA